CUUCCCGACAGUGGAUUACUUGCACGUGGAUAUUCCAGACAGCAGACUUGUUUAAUAUCUCCAAGUCGUAAAUUGAAUAUGCAUGGUCCAGAUCCACGUAGACUCAUGGCGGUGUUCGUAGACGUUCAAUCGUAACGCGUGACUCUAGAUGCUGCGAUCAACCCUCAGCCAAACAAGUCGACUGUCCUGCCGUUCUCUUAGUUCCUCGCAGCUCUGUCUUUCUGGUCACAAUAAGGUGCGAACGGCUUCAGUAAUUCUCAGGUGCCCUCGGCCCACCGGUCGCCCCCAUCUAGUGGUCGAAAAUCAAGGAUAAGAAAGGUGUCAAUGAUGGCAAGAAAAAUGUCGCGUACACGCGAGCUGCUCGGGAUAUCAUGAACGCUGUUCGCUUGGGCGGAGGAUCGACCGACCCGGAUCGCAAUUCUGCUCUUGCUGCCAUCCUCCGACGCUUGAAAGACAUUCCCAAAGAUAAUAUCCAAAAUGCCUUGGAAAGAGCUCGUAAGAAGCGAGACCAGAGCGGAGACGACAUCGUAUACGAAGCAAUGGCUUUCAAUUCGGUCGGUCUAAUAAU